CCAUCCUGUUUUUAGUUGAAAUCGUAUAUAUAACUGCUAGUACGGCAUGCAGCCUUCAUCCAAAUUCCGAGAUUGGUAUGCGGGGGAUGUAUCAGGCAGCCAUGUUGACGCCGCGAGGGAAGCAUUCAACCUUGCAAUUCAAAAAUUCACAUCCGACCUCACUCAGGAUGACCGGAAGAAAGUGGCAGUACAAGAUGCUACUAGCCUCGAAGACCUACGGUCUGCAGUAAGCACGGCGGAGAAACGAUACCUUGGAUCGCGUCGUCCAGCAGGGAAAUGGCUCGUAAAGUUCAGCCAGCGGAUGCACCACUAUGGAACUGUCCUCGACGCGUUUGCACAACAUCAUCCCGAAUACGUCGCCCUUGCAUGGGGAGCUAUGAAGUUUCUUUUUACAGCUGUUAUCAAUCACGAAGAUCACCUUGCUGCGCUAUCGAAAGGCCUGGCCAAGAUUGCGGGUCUUCUACCACACUCUGAGCUUAUUUCCGCUCUCUACCCAACUAAGAAAAUGAAAGCAGCAAUGGCAGAGCUAUAUGCUAUCAUAAUCAGGUUUCUCGUUCGGGCGCAGGACUGGUUGCAAGAGAGCAGUCUGAGCCGCGCACUCCACUCAAUCACAAGACCUGCAAAAUUAAGAUAUGAUGAUUUGAUAGAAGAGAUUGAACUGCGAUUGCAGAAUGUCACAGCGUUCGCGACGGCCGCUUCGCAAGCUGAAAUCCGGGAUAUGAGGCUAGAAAUUAUGGCCAUGCGGGACCAACAGCUGGAAGCUAAUUGCAUAAUGUCAUACCACGCUAACAAAUUCACAGAAAAUCAUGCUAUCAGCUUGAACCAUCAACUUGACACAAACCAUCGUCUUUCCGACCUCCAACUCUCCCAAAUACUUGCCUCGCUAUCAUCUCCAUUAUUUAUCGACCCCAUUAAAGCCCUGCAGUACGGCAUACAUCAGAACAACAAACGGCGCCGCUCCAGGACUCAAAGCGCCCUCUCUCCUUUUUGGUUUACCAAUAAAUUUCAAGAAUGGUCUCAGUCGGAGAAGUCGUCUUUGGUAAUCAUAAGAGGCACAUACAGUCUUCGAACACAACUUCGCGACUUUGGUACAAACUUGGUCGAGCUGGUGUCCGCAGCACAGGUAGCCAUAGUGUGGACACUGAGAAUCACUGUAGAUGACGGGAAGGAUGUGACGGCGAUUGACUUGCUAAAAUACCUGAUUUGGCAAGCGCUUGGCAUUGAGAGAGUGAAGCGAACCGAGCGAUUUAUGGCGUUAAGCUGCGCCAAGUUCCAAUCUGCACGCACUGAGGAAGACUGGUUCCAAUUGUUGGCCGCCGUACUCGCAGAUCUGGAUGAAGUAUUUAUCAUCGUGGAUACAGAACUUAUAUCCCCCAUCUUAGCGCCGCUAACCAAAGAUUUCUCGUUCAGGAAGGAAUUCUCAGAUAUCUUCAAGAAACUUGGAGACCACGCGAUUGAAACCAAAGUAAAAGUUCUACUAAUCAGCUAUGGCGAGAUGAGGUUCUGUCGUGCUCAUGAUGGCGACGGACAUCACGAAGUAAUCACUGUUGGCCUACCAAACCAUUCUAGCACUGGGAAGAAGCAGGGAAGAACUUCAAUUGCGCAAAGGAGAGGACCAAGAGGUCAGACAUUGCAGUCACAAAUAUCAGCAAGAAGGUAG